CCUGAGCGACUGAGCGUCGAGUGUGGCUUGGCUCGAGGUCGGCGUCUGCCCUUUUCAGAGAGCGUUUCUUAGCCGAUACUCCACGGUCCGUGGCCACUUUCCUGAGGCGCGGCGGACGCCUAGUCAGUGCGCGAGAGCCUGGUUGAGCUCGUAGCUGCCGGGGGCUGAGGCUACCAUUUGGAAGCAAUGAGUUUAAAACCUUUUACCUACCCAUUUCCAGAGACGAGGUUUCUUCACGCAGGACCCAACGUGUACAAAUUCAAAAUCAGAUAUGGCAACAGCAUCAGAGGAGAAGAGAUAGAAAAUAAGGACGUCAUCGUCCAGGAGCUGGAGGAUUCCAUCCGUGCAGUCUUGGGAAACUUGGACAAUCUGCAACCCUUUGUUACAGAACACUUCAUUGUGUUUCCCUAUAAAAGCAAGUGGGAGAGAGUUUCCCACCUGAAAUUCAAACAUGGAGAAAUCAUCUUGAUCCCCUACCCUUUUGUUUUCACUCUAUAUGUGGAGAUGAAAUGGUUUCAAGAAAACCUGUCACCUGGGAAACCAAUAAAUGACACUCCUCUUGAAUUGCUUCUAACUGAGAAGAGAGCAGCAGGAGCCUCCGUGAGGAAACGAGGACUUGUGGAAGAGCCAAGCUCCCCCAGCAGGACGGGGCUGCACAGGGCCAAGAUAGGGACUUCUAGUCAAGAAAGCAGCAAAAAGAAGCCCCAUAUGGAAACCAGGAAGAACAAGGAAAGAAAACCCCAGCAGGAAUGGCAGGCGAACCUAGAUUCUUCUACCACUGAUACCCAGGAACAGGGUUCUAAAAAGGAACACAGUCUGCCAGGGCCAGUUGUCCCACCAUUACAGCAAAACAACCCACCUCCACCUAAAGAGCUAGGAACCAGUGGCUUCUUUGAGUUUCUAAGCACUGUCUUCCCAUUUCGAUAUUUCUUCAGAAAGAACAGCCAGUGAGCCUUCCAGACUCAGCAGCAGGGAGAAGCUCCUCUCUAACAGCAACCCCUCCAGAGCUGUUCCUCCUCUGACUGCAUCUUAGCAACACCUCAGUUGUGGGGAUGAUGGCCCCUGUCUGAGUCCUCUUGUGGGUUUUUCUUGUCCUUCAUCCCUUAUAAUUUUUUUUUCCUUAGUUAAGACAUCAUGGAAAAAAAUGGGGCUUUCUAAAAUACUAUAAGAAGUUCAGUGCCCUGAGGGCCAGUGUAGGUCCUUUGCCUCCAGCACUUAGGAUCCUAAUGCCAAUAAAUUAUUCAUGAAGAGCUAUUGAUUGCAUUUGGUGAAGCUGAUUAAGAGAACAAACUUCUCUCAAGAUACAGAGAAGCAAAGCAUGAAACUUGCCCUGGACCCCUGCUGCUGGCUACAGGAUGAGGUUGGAUGGAGGAGUCUUACCUGAUUCCAAACCUUAAGCUCCACUGCCAGGGGUUAGGGAAUGAGGUUGUGCAAAACUCACUAUCUGGAACCCUACUGCCCCCAAAGAAAGGAUCUCUUUCCCAACUAAGUUUGGCCCCAAGGAAUAGCCUCUCCACAGAUAAAACGCUUCCCACCUGUCUAUCCCUGUGGUGCCUUGUUGUUAGCACAAAUUAAUUUAUCAGAUUAAUUGGAAGCCAGUCCAGGUAGGGCUCCUGGUAAAGGCAAGGCUACACAUACACUGUCUUCAACCAACUGGCCAGUCUGGGACAGUUUAGACUUGGGUGACCUCAGAGAACCAAAACAACUGAUGGAAAUCUAAGGAAACUCAUUUUAGCUCAAAACAAAAGAGUCACUUUUUAACUCUUAGAGAUGUCUAGUAUGACAGGGCUGGGGAUGUGGCUCCAUGGUUGAGUGCCCCCGAGUUCAAUCCCCAGUACCACAAAAAAAGAAAGAAAAGUGGGGGGGGUCCAGUAUGAGAAUGGGCUACCUUGUGAGGUAAUGAGCCCUUUCACCUGGAGUCAUUAGACAGCUAAUUAUCUGUCACAUGCCUGAGAGUUGCUACACUGUGUGGGAAAGUAGGAGCAUAGGAGCAGGACUGUUGAGGUCCCUCCAUGUCCCCUUGCUUGGCUACCCCUAACAUCGGUGGGGAGAAAAGAAGAGGUAGGUUGCUGUGGGAGGGAGGGCCCAGAACUCGAGCAGAGGUGGCACUGGAUAGAGUGGGGACUUGAGGGUCAGCAACACUGAUAACACCAGCUCCUUUCAGAUUGUAUUUGCAGCCCUUGCCUUACUGUCCCAAACAUGGCCUCCUUGACAGAGCUACAAAGGGUACAGCUCCAAGAUCUGGAGAUCUGAAUGCCCAUCAUGACCUGGACUAGCAGACAGUGUGGCCUUGGGGACAUUCUCACUUGGAAAAUGAGAGGGUGGGAUUUGAUGAGUUCUUAGGGGCCAUCUAGCUUUGGCAGUCUGUGUGACCUGCCUGCUCUUUCUGAGUAGGUCACUGAGGCAAUGGCCCUGACUGGGGCUUCCCAGAACCACCACAGCCUUCCUUUUGGUCUCUGUCCUGCCCCAAUCUCUGGCUCCUGCUAACUAGGGUAUUUCCCCCCCAACUUGCCACAUUCUUGCCCUAAGUUUAUUUUAGCACUAUUGGAUAGUACAGCAGAAAACUUGGGUUCUAAAUCAGCCUGGACAUUAACAUUAGCUGUGUGACUUUUAGUAAGUAACUUCCCUUUUCUGAGCCUUAGAAACCUUGUCUGUAAAACCAGAGCUGGACUCAAAUAAUCAGAUUUCCUGGGAUUAACUGCCUCAGGCUCUAGGGUCUAGAGAGCCCUCUACCCCAAGCUCUGCUCUGUAGCUGGCUCACAGGGUGGAAGACAUCCGCUGACACUGGAAGGGAGGCUCUGAAGGGGACUCAGUAGACCCAGCCCCCAUGGCUCUGCCUGCCACCAAGCCCAGCUCCAGAGCCCCCCACUGGAGUUUCACUUGUCCAUAAGAAUCUCCUGCAAUCUCUUUCCUUUGUAAUCAGUAAAAGAAAUGGGCAGGGCUUGUUUUAGGAGUUUUUUAGGCUAGAGUAGUGUCCUGACCAAAUUCACACAGCAGAGAGGACACAAGUGACCACAACUCAACUGAGUCUUGAGCCCUCUCCCCGGGUGCACAUGCUGCACCCUCCCCCAGCUCCUGGGCUCUUCUCCACACCUUACUUCGCCCAGCCCUGGACCUCAGAGCAAGGAUCUCCCAGGUGGACUGCUCCAAGGGCUCAGGCCAGGAGGCGCCUGAAAGCUGAUCUCCAAGAGGGCGUGGCUCUGAAACAGGCAAAUAAAAGCCUAGAG